CUAUCUUUACGUUCUGCUGCCUUCCUACACGUUUCUCUUCUGACACCUGGCACACACCGAUCCUCCGUUAUGUCUCUCGGUAAAGUUGCCCGGUGUUUGGUGCUUCCGGCCCGGGUCGCCCUACGGCCCGCCGCCCCGGUUCUCCACCGGAGCUACGCCGCUGUUUCUGAAGCCAGAGCCGUGCUGGAGAGCGAGCUGGAGGGGAUCCGAGCGGCUGGGACGUGGAAAGCGGAGAGAAUUAUCACCUCAAAGCAGGGACCGCAGAUCAACGUGGAGGGCAGCCGCAGCACCAUAUUGAAUUUCUGUGCCAACAACUACCUGGGGCUGUCCAGUCACCCAGAGGUCGUUCAGGCUGGGAUCGAUGCUCUGAAUACUCACGGAGCUGGACUGAGCUCUGUCAGGUUCAUCUGCGGCACACAGGAUCUACACAAGAAUCUGGAGCAGAAGCUAGCUGAGUUCCACGAGAGGGAGGACUGCAUCCUGUAUGCUAGCUGCUUUGAUGCUAACGCUGGACUCUUUGAGGUUCUGUUGGGCCCGGAUGACGCGGUUCUGUCCGAUGAGUUGAAUCACGCCUCGAUCAUCGAUGGGAUCCGACUGUGCCGAGCGAAGAGGCUGCGCUACAAACACAUGGACCUGAGAGACCUGGAGAUCAAGCUCAAAGAGGCUCAGGUGUGUGAGGGAUUAGCUUCUACAGAAACCAUUACUGCGAAGAAGAGGAAGAAGAAGAAGAAGAAGAUGAAGAGGCUGGAGAUUCCCCACAAGAGGACUAAGCUACCACACCAUGAAAUCUCUACCUCAUUCAGCUGUCAGGUCUUUUAA